AUUAUCUGAUCUUAAGAACUAUUCAACACCCAGAAGCUCAAAUCAUUGUUCUGUUUUCUUACUUCUUUAGUGUUCUUCAUUAAAUGUGUCUGCAAUUUACGACCACAUUAAAAACAAGACCACCUAACACUUCGUUCUCACACACACACUCUCUCUCUCUCACCUCCCUUAUCUCACUCUUCAACAUGGUUUUUCUCUCUGUCUCUGGUCUUUUUCUGCAUCUUUGACCUUCUCUUUACUUAAUAUAACUUCCAAUCGCUACUCUGUGUUGUACUUUCUUUGCAACUUCCCAACCCAAAUAAAGCUCAAGAUUCUCACUUUUAGCGACCCUUUUUUUUCCCCGGUUUGUAUCUUCUUUACUAGUUGCUAAGCAUUAUCUUCUCGCUUCUCACUCUCAGCUCCUUGGUGUGAUGUAGUGUCUUGUUAUGAGCUUUUGAGCUUGUUUCACUUGAUUUGGGUUUCUGUUUAUCUCAAUGGACAUGGGUUUUGAACUUCAUUCAUUGGCUGCUUAGAUUAGUUUAAAAAGGAAGCAUCUUUGUAAGUAUCCCAUUGCUAAAUUAGUUGAAUUUUUUUCAGUGUUAAAACUAUAUCCAUGUGUACUCCUCUAGCUCAUCCAAGCAUUGCAACUUGCUGUAGAAGUUCUCUAUAGCUGUUGUUGGUCCCAUUCUGAUAUAUUCUGAGAUUUGUUGUGGGGUGGGCUUGGGGACUUCAUUUGAAGGAAUGCAGAGAUUCAGUUCAGUAAUUUUGUUGUUUCUGGUAGUGACUGCAUUAGCACAAUCUGAUUUUGAAGCACUCUUAGAGCUCAAGAAGGGCAUAGAGAAAGACCCUUCUGGUAAAGUCAUCGAUUCAUGGGACUCUAAGUCCUUGGCAUCUGAUGGGUGUCCUCGGAAUUGGUUUGGCAUCACCUGUAAUGAAGGCCAUGUGACUGCAAUCACCCUAAACGGCUUGGGUUUGGUUGGAAACUUCAGUUUCCCUGUCAUUGUUGGUCUUAAAUUGCUUAGAAAUUUGUCCAUCUCAAGCAACCAGUUGACAGGGACCAUCUCAAACAUAGGUUCAAUUCGUUCACUCCAAUUUUUGGACCUCUCGGUUAAUGCUUUUCAUGGGGUUAUACCAUCAGGCAUUGCCAAUUUAAAAGAUUUGGUUCUUCUGAAUCUUUCUUCAAAUAGUUUUGAUGGCACAUUUCCCUCUGGGUUUAGCAAUCUUAAGAGGUUGAAAUACUUAGAUUUACGAUCUAAUGUCUUUUCUGGGGAUAUCAUGAAACUUUUGUCCCAAUUGCAAAGUGCGGUGCAUGUGGAUUUGAGCAGCAAUCAGUUAUCUGGUUCACUGGACUUGGGACUUGGAACCUCCCAUUUUAUUUCUUCAAUUCAGUAUUUAAAUAUAAGCCAGAAUUUGUUGGUUGGAGAGCUCUUUGCUCAUGAUGGAAUGCCGUACUUUGACAGUUUAGAAGUGUUGGAUGCUAGUAAUAAUCAGUUAGUGGGAACCAUACCUACCUUCAAUUUCAUAGUCUCUUUGAGGAUUCUUCGGCUUGGGAGCAACCGCUUGUCAGGAUCACUACCAGAAGCUCUUUUGCAAGAAAGCUCCAUGAUCUUAUCUGAACUUGACCUCAGCCUUAAUCAACUCGAAGGGCCGGUGGGGAGUAUAACCUCAACAACGCUAAAGAAGCUCAACAUAUCAUCAAACAAACUCUCAGGGUCCUUGCCUUAUAGGAUAGGGCACUGUGCUGUCAUAGAUCUCAGUAACAACCUGCUCUCAGGGGACUUGUCCAGAAUCCAAGGUUGGGGGAAUUAUGUGGAAGUUAUUGAAUUGAGUUCAAACUCACUAACCGGGACCUUGCCGGACAAAACUUCUGAGUUUUUAAGGUUGACUGCCUUCAAGGUCUGUAACAAUUCAUUACAAGGUGUUCUCCCAUCAAUUUUAGCUACAUACCCGGAAUUGAAGAUCGUCGAUCUUAGUGUCAACCGCCUUAACGGAUCUCUCCUUCCAAGCUUCUUCAUGUCAACAAAGUUGACUGAUCUCAAUCUCUCAGGCAAUAACUUUACUGGUUCGAUACCUCUUCAGGACAUAAAGAACCUGCCUUCUGUAAGUUCUGCUGGAAAUUUGAGCCUGUUGACUCUUGAUCUGUCUCAUAACUCAUUAACUGGCAACUUGCCCCCCGAAAUCGCCAAGUUCCAUAACCUGGAAAUUCUUAACCUAUCCGAUAACAAACUUGAGGGCAGCAUCCCUGAUGGUCUUCCUAAUGAACUGAAAGGAUUCAAUGUGUCUCUUAAUAAUUUCUCUGGUGCUAUACCCAACAACUUGAGGGGGUUUCCUGAUUCAUCAUUCCAUCCAGGAAACUCCUUAUUGAAAUUUGGUUCUUUUCCAUUGUCACCGAAAGGUUCUUCCGACCUGAAUUUGAAGCCUCACAGGUCUCAGAUAAAACCUGUCACCAGAAUUAUCUUGAUUGUCGGCUUGGUUGGCGGUGCUGCUAUAAUAGCUCUUGUGUGUGUAAUGAUUUACUAUAGGAACAACUGGCAGGAAACUAGGAGUGAGGGUUUGAAAAGAAAUGUUGGUAAAGAAACCGUAUGUCAAGGAGAGUAUUCCCUUUCUCAUACAUCAGUACCUUACAGAAGCAAGGAUACAUCAUCUUCCUCAUUUAGCUUUCGCCAAGAACUUUUGUCAUCGUCCAAAAAGAGCUCUGCAUUUGAUCAUGGGAACAGUUCAUUCAUUUUAAAUGACCCAAAAUAUCUUGGUCACCUUGAGUCCACGAGAAGAGAUGAAGGAUUGGCUUCACCAAUGUCCAUCUUGUCAUCUUCAAAUGCAUCUCCAUCUAAAGCUGAAUUUCCAUUUGAGAGUUCCAGUGCACUAAAGGUUCGUUCUCCUGAUAAACUAGCUGGGGAUCUGCAUCUCUUUGAUGGAUCUCUGGCGUUGACAGCAGACGAACUUUCACGUGCUCCGGCUGAAGUUAUUGGAAGGAGUUGCCAUGGGACAUUGUAUAAAGCCACACUUGACUCGGGUAACGUAUUGGCUAUCAAAUGGUUAAAGGAAGGGAUAGCAAAAGGUAAAAAGGAAUUCGCAAGGGAGGUAAAGAAACUCGGGUACAUCAAACACCCAAACUUAGUUUCUCUUCAGGGUUAUUACUGGGGUCCCAAGGAGCAUGAGAAGUUGAUCAUAUCAAAUUAUGUAAAUGCACGAUGUUUGGCCUUCUAUCUUCAAGAGACAGAGCCAAGAAAAUUGCCACCCUUGUCCCUGGACGAACGGCUUAGGGUUGCUAUAGAUGUGGCUCGGUGUCUGAGCUACCUACACAAUGAGAGAGCAAUACCCCAUGGCAACCUUAAGUCAACAAACAUUUUACUAGAAACUCCUAAUUUGACUGCACGCCUCACUGAUUACAGUCUCCAUCGGAUACUGACAUCAGCUGGCACAGCUGAACAAGUUCUGAAUGCAGGUGCCCUUGGCUAUCGGCCCCCUGAGUUUGCUAGCUCAAGUAAACCAUGUCCAUCCUUGAAAAGUGAUGUGUAUGCCUUUGGGGUCAUAUUGAUGGAGCUUCUAACUGGAAAAAGUUCAGGAGAGAUAGUUUCGGGGAGCACAGGUAUGGUUGAUCUAACCGACUGGGUGAGGUUGUUAGCAUCGGAAAACCGUGCCGAUGACUGCUUUGAUCCUAUGAUAUUGGAAAAGGAUAACAUGGAACAAACACAUAGAACACUCGACGCCAUGCUACAAGUGGCACUGAGAUGCAUCCUACCGGCUCAAGAGAGACCCGAUAUGAAAUCAGUUUACGAAGAUCUCUCGGUAAUUGUGUUACAGAAAAGUAAACAAAAGGGGUUCUAACUAUGUAGUUUAACUACUAACCCCACAUUGAUUGGUUAAUUACUAUCAUAAGUUGGAAUUCAAGUCUCGGAUUGUGUUCUCUGGCUCGAAAUUCGUACCGUAAAUAUCAUUUUGGAUAGGGUUAGUAGGAAGAAAUAAAGUUUCAUUGUAGAUGGUGGGUUAACCACUCCUUUUUAACCCUUGUCUAUGAAUGUAACUUUAGGAAUAGAUUUCAUUGACUCAUUCUGUGAAAUAUAACCAUAAGCCUUCAUAUAUAUAUAACCCUAUGUUUCUUUACAAA